GCAAGCGCGGUUCUUGUUUCUUUUACUUCUCGCGGCCCUGCGUACAGGGUUUCUGUGAUCCUCUGCUUCCGCUGUUGAGGGAGCGCGAGCGGAGGCCUGGGGAAGACGGGUGUGCUUGGAACGGUAUUUGUGGCAGCGAUUGAAACGCGGUGACAGUGUUAAGAAGGUGUACUUAAGGCAGUUAAAAAACACAGGGAAUAAACAUGGAGCUUAUUGCUAUUCUAGAAAAAACGGUAUCUCCCGACCGCAAUGAAUUGGAGGCGGCGCAGAAGUUCCUGGAGCAUGCAGCUGUUGAGAAUCUGCCUGCCUUUUUGGUGGAGUUGUCCAGGAUCUUGGCAAACAAGGACAACAGUCAGGUUGCUAGAAUUGCAGCUGGAUUACAGAUAAAGAAUUCUCUAACGUCCAAGGAUCUUGAUGUAAAGGCGCAAUAUCAGCAACGGUGGCUGGCAAUAGAUGUUUCUGCUCGAGGAGAAAUAAAAACUUAUGUGUUGCAAACAUUGGGAACAGAGUCCUACAGACCAAGCUCAGCUUCUCAGUGUGUGGCUGGAAUUGCUUGUGCAGAAAUCCCAGUGGCACAGUGGCCAGAGCUUAUUCCUCAACUGGUAGCCAAUGUAACAAAUCCUUCAAGUUCUGAACAUAUGAAGGAAUCUACACUGGAAGCUAUUGGAUACAUUUGCCAGGAUAUAGACCCAGAACAGUUGCAGGACAAGUCCAAUGAGAUCUUGACAGCAAUCAUACAGGGAAUGAGGAAAGAAGAACCUAGCAAUAGUGUGAAGUUAGCAGCUACAAAUGCUCUCUUGAACUCUUUGGAAUUCACCAAAGCGAACUUUGACAAAGAGUCUGAAAGACACUUUAUUAUGCAAGUAGUCUGUGAAGCAACCCAGUGUCCAGACACAAGGGUCCGUGUUGCUGCAUUGCAGAACCUGGUGAAGAUAAUGUCCCUGUAUUAUCAGUACAUGGAGACUUACAUGGGCCCUGCACUAUUUGCGAUCACCAUAGAAGCCAUGAAAAGUGACAUUGAUGAAGUAGCUCUUCAGGGGAUUGAAUUUUGGUCCAAUGUAUGUGAUGAAGAAAUGGACUUGGCUAUAGAAGCAACAGAGGCAGCAGAGCAAGGAAGACCUCCAGAACACACCAGCAAGUUUUAUGCCAAAGGUGCUCUGCAGUAUCUGGUUCCCAUACUAACGCAAACACUUACUAAACAGGAUGAAAAUGAUGAUGACGACGAUUGGAAUCCUUGCAAAGCAGCUGGUGUGUGUCUUAUGCUGUUGGCUACCUGCUGUGAGGAUGAUAUUGUUCCACAUGUGUUACCGUUCAUUAAAGAACACAUCAAAAACUUAGACUGGAGGUACAGAGAUGCAGCUGUUAUGUGUUUCGGAUCAAUUCUUGAAGGACCAGAUCAAAACCAGCUGAAACCACUUGUUGUUCAGGCCAUGCCAACGCUGAUAGAAUUGAUGAAGGAUCCUAGUGUUGUGGUACGAGAUACAACUGCUUGGACUGUGGGCAGAAUAUGUGAACUGCUGCCUGAAGCUGCAAUAAACGAUGUGUACCUAGCCCCCCUUCUGCAGUGCUUAAUUGAAGGACUUGGAGCUGAACCAAGAGUGGCUUCAAAUGUCUGCUGGGCUUUCUCUAGUCUUGCUGAAGCUGCAUACGAAUCUGCUGAAGUUGCUGAUGAGCAAGAAGAACCUGCCACUUACUGCUUGUCUUCAUCAUUUGAAAUUAUUGUUCAAAAACUGUUGGAGACUACUGACAGGCCUGAUGGUCACCAGAAUAACCUCAGAAGUGCAGCUUAUGAAGCUCUGAUGGAGAUUGUAAAAAACAGUGCAAAGGACUGCUAUCCAGCUGUACAGAAAACUACUUUGGUUAUAAUGGAGAGGCUACAGCAAGUGCUGCAGAUGGAGUCUCACAUACAGAGCACUUCAGACAGAAUCCAGUUUAAUGAUCUGCAGUCUCUCCUUUGUGCCACACUACAGAAUGUGCUUCGGAAAGUGCAGCAUCAAGAUGCCCUUCAGAUAUCCGAUGUGGUUAUGGCGUCCUUGUUAAGAAUGUUUCAGAGCACAGCAGGAUCUGGUGGUGUGCAGGAAGAUGCUCUGAUGGCUGUUAGUACACUUGUGGAAGUGCUUGGUGGAGAGUUCAUGAAGUACAUGGAAGCCUUCAAACCAUUUCUGAGUAUUGGACUGAAAAAUUAUGCAGAAUACCAGGUUUGCCUGGCUGCAGUUGGCCUGGUAGGAGACUUGUGUAGGGCAUUGCAGUCUAAUAUCCUGCCCUUCUGCGAUGAGAUCAUGCAGUUGCUUCUAGAAAAUCUUGGGAAUGAGAAUGUACACCGGUCUGUAAAACCUCAGAUUCUCUCUGCAUUUGGUGAUAUUGCUCUUGCCAUCGGUGGAGAGUUCAAGAAGUAUCUGGAACUGGUCUUGAACACCCUUCAGCAGGCUUCUCAAGCUCAGGUUGAUAAGAAUGACUAUGACAUGGUGGAUUAUUUGAAUGAACUGAGAGAGAGCUGCUUAGAAGCAUACACUGGUAUCAUUCAAGGACUGAAAGGAGAUCAAGAAAAUGUUCAUCCUGAUGUGAUGCUGGUACAGCCAAGGGUGGAGUUCAUUCUCUCAUUCAUUGACCAUGUUGCAGCUGAUGAGGACCACACAGAUGGUGUGGUAGCUUGUGCUGCUGGACUUAUAGGUGACUUGUGUACUGCAUUUGGUAAGGAUGUUUUAAAACUGGUGGAAGCCAGGCCAAUGAUCCAUGAGCUCCUGACUGAAGGAAGACGAUCAAAAACAAGCAAAACAAAAACUCUUGCCACAUGGGCAACAAAAGAGCUGCGAAAACUGAAAAACUAGCUUGAUUGGCUAUAAAGAAAGAUAACCAGCGACACCACUGGAAUUCUCCAAUCUUUUGAAAAAUAAGCAGAAGUGAGGAGUGUGCACGGAUGCUGAAUGUUUGGGAAUGUGAGGAUGCGUGAGUGAGGCUUGAAACACACCACACUGAAACCCAGCAGCAGCUCUGUUUCUGAACCGAAUGCCGAACUAGAGGAAGAUGAACAUUUAUUAAAUUGACUUUCUGGAUGAUAGAAAACAGAUACAGAACGGGCUCCAUCCUUCAGGAGGAACAGGAAAAAGGACCUUCAUUGUCUGAGAGGUCGAGCACUCUAGAAACAUUUGGGAAUUAUCCUCCUGAUAUGGAAACUUUCCUUUGCCGUGCUGCUGAAGAGGAAUGAAACUUGAGUUUUCUGGUCCGCCUCCUGUAGUCUUCACUUUGCUGUACAUGCAUAGGACAAAAGGCGGGUUGUAUGAAGACAGCAAGAAGGGUUGUUGGUCAAAAGUGUGUAUGGUGAAGUGAGAAGGGUUCUUUCUCAAUUCAUGACAAUUUACAAGAAAAGUUGCAUUGCAUAAUCACAGCCAGAUAUACCGCCACACAAGACUGUCUCACUCUUGGAGGAGGGGGACACUGACGAAUGCUCAGAGCUUCCUGUGGGUGCAUAUCUUUCAAACCCAUUCUCUUGCCCUGAUAAAUAAGGAAGCAUUGGCAAUAGUUUCCUCCCGUGAGGAGAAUGUAUGCUCUUAAGGUUGUAUGCAGACUUGGAUUAGGCUGUGGAAGAAAAUAUUUGAAUUAGUCCUGUGCCCAGCAAUUGGCAGCUAGCACUUUGGAUUGGUACCCCAGUUUGUACUGAGCAGCCUGAGUACGCAAGUAUGGAAUACUGUGCCAAAGAAAAAAAAUCAGGUUGUAUUCAGGAACAACAUACAAUUUCCAUCAUCUGCUAUUUGGGAACUGCUUGGCCUUUUUGUGCUUUUGAAAAAAGUACGACAUUGGUCUCUUGCUGCUGUUAAAAAAAAAAUCUGUAUACUGACUGAAAAUAAAUGGAAAAGGCACAUGUAAAAGGUUAUAUUUUUCCACUGCACUUGAGUAAUAAAAUGGUGUCCAGCAUUCCCUAAAGUACUUUACUGUAAACUGUUGGUGUUUCUGAUCAGGGAGGGGAAAAAAUGUCAUCGCCUUUCUUUUAGGCAUAACUUCAGAUGCAUUGUAUUUAUGGACAGUGGAGCCUUUUGCAUGGUGAAAUUGUUUGCAAUGGAUAGUCAAAAAUGAGGGAGUAAGUUUUCAGUGGUAAGCAGAAUGGCUGAUCCUCUCCCAAACUUCCAAUAACACUUUAAGCAGUAAAAUAAGUCGUUUUUUCUUGCCCCAUUUAUUGCUUUAACAUAAAGCCAGUUUUAAUUCUGAAGAGUAAACCAAGUAGCACCAGCAAACGCCCUGUAGUUUAUGGGGUAAAAUGAGAGACUUAGCUUGAGAGAAUGAAUGACUGGUACACAUGGCAGUCAUUUUAAGUGGGAAUGCUUGAAGGUACCCUUUCUGCUUUUGCCUAUCCUCACUGCCCUCUCCAUGCUGUAGUUGUACAGGGUAUUGGUAUUAUGUGCCUUUCAUGCUAUAGACUGGGAACACAGCAUCCUGUGACCCCCCCCCCCCCAAAUACUACUUCUGUUUAUAAUAGAAUUUGGAAGUGAAAUUGUUUGCACUGGCUUAUGUAAUGGGGCUUAUUACUUGAACUGUUCACUUUGAAGAGACUCUGAUUCAGUUUUGUUCCCUUUUUUUAUACAAGUCCUUGGGGGAGGGUAGACUGAACAGAUGUUCUAAAAAUUCGGAAACCUGAUCAUUCCUCAGUGCUACCUGUUUCUGUCCUGUGUGGGCUUUAAGCUGUAGACAGCAGGAGAAUAAAGUACACUGAGAUAGUGUCAAUGCAAUUA